CGGGCCCAUUCUUCGCGUAAUCGGUCAGGUGACCUCCUGAUACGGAAGUCCCGCAGUCUGUGCUGGGAAGUGUGAUAGAGCAGAGGGACGGAGACCGGGCACACAGGAAAAUAAAGGUCUUAAAGACCAAGCAAGAUGCAGAGCACUGCAAAUUAUCUGUGGCUGCUCUCUGACAUUCUGGGCCAAGGAGCAACUGCCAAUGUGUUUCGAGGACGCAAUAAGAAAACGGGUGAUUUAUAUGCUGUCAAGGUGUUUAAUAACUUGAGCUUCCUUCGUCCUGCGGAUGUUCAAACAAGGGAGUUUGAAGUUUUGAAAAAGCUUAACCACAAGAACAUUGUGAAACUCUUUGCAAUUGAGGAAGAGAUGUCAAGUCGACAUAAAGUGCUGGUUAUGGAAUAUUGUCCAUGUGCUAGUUUGUAUUCUGUGCUCGAAGAGCCUUCAAAUGCAUAUGGAUUACCCGAGUCAGAGUUUCUUAUUGUGUCACGUGACGUUGUGGCAGGAAUGAAUCACCUAAGAGAAAAUGGAAUAAUUCACAGAGACAUCAAGCCAGGAAACAUAAUGCGGGUGAUUGGUGAAGAUGGGCAGUCAGUUUACAAGCUGACAGACUUUGGUGCAGCUAGGGAAUUGGAAGAUGAUGAGCAGUUUGUUUCUCUCUAUGGCACUGAAGAAUAUCUGCAUCCAGACAUGUAUGAGCGUGCUGUGCUUAGAAAAGACCACCAAAAGAAGUAUGGUGCCACAGUGGAUCUAUGGAGCAUUGGGGUGACAUUUUACCAUGCAGCUUGUGGAGUUCUUCCGUUCAGGCCUUUUGAGGGGCCACGCAGGAACAAGGAAGUUAUGUAUAAAAUAAUUACUGGAAAGCCAUCUGGAGCAAUAUCUGGUGUUCAGAGGGCAGAAAAUGGUCCAAUAGAAUGGAGCUGGGAUUUGCCACUCAGUUGCAACUUAUCGUUGGGCUUACAAGUUCUCUUCACUCCAGUGCUGGCAAAUAUUCUAGAAGCUGACCAGGAGAAAUGUUGGGGUUUUGAACAGUUCUUUGCAGUAACUAAUGAUAUAUUCCAUCGAAUUGUGAUCCAUGUGUUCUCCCUACAGCAAAUGACCUUUCACACGCUAUAUAUACACAAAUAUAACACGCCUGCAGAAUUUCAUGACUUGAUCUACAAGCAGACAAAAAUUCCAUCCCAGAACCAGGAGCUGCUGUUUGAAGGAAGAAGGCUGGUUCUAGAGACAAACAGACAAGUACAGCACUUUCCUGUCACCACCGAGGAAAACCCAAUUAUGGUGAUAACACGAGACAUGUUGACUAUCAUUGGGCUACAAUAUGAGGAAGUUUAUGUGCCGAAACUUCAAACGCCUUAUGACCUGGAUUAUGAUGCAACUUUAGCAAAGGGGGUUACCGGGAUUGUUUGCUACUAUUGUAAAGUUUCUUCAGACUUGCUGCUUGUACAGGAGCUUACUAGAAAAGGAAUUUCUUGGCUUAUUGACGUAAUUAAGGAUGAGUACAGUGAGACAGUUCAUAAGAAUACUGAGGGUACUAUCAGAUUUAACUUCUGCAACAGAACUGUAGAAAAGGACCUGAAAAUAUAUGAACAUGUGAUGCAGAUAAGUGUGGAACCAGAAAUAUAUGACAUACAUUCCAAGCUGCUGCUGCUUUCUGGUUCACAUCAAAACUUGGAUACCUCCCUGCGAGAUAUGAAGAAUGAAUGGUCUCCCGGAGGUAUCCUUACCGACUCUUGGCUCAGUGUUGAAGGCACACGUCUGAGUGACAGAAAUGUGGAAAAACUGCAAGUGCUGCUCAGUUCGAUAACAGAAAUCUGCACCCAGUUCAAGAAGGACAAAGCACAGCGUAGACUUAUGUACAAUGAAGAACAAAUACACAAAUUUGACAAGCAGAAGCUGGCCCUUCAUGCAACAAAAGCCUAUACCCUGUACAAGGAAGAAUGUAUUGGCAAGUAUGAGAGCUUCCGCCUGAAAGUUCAGGAAUGGAUGAGGAAGAUGAUUCAUCUAAGAAAGCAGUUAUUCACACUUCGAAACCAGUGUUUUGACAUUGCAGAAGAGGUGUCCAAAUGUCAACAUUACAUCAAUGAGUACCAAGACAGCAUGCCUCAGAAAAUGUUUGCUAAUUCUGGGGGAAUAAAGCCAUCAGUGAAUCCAAUUUACGCAAGCCCUAACACUCUAGUAGAAAUGACUCUUGGAAUGCGCAAACUGAAAGAAGAAAUGGAAGGAGUUGUCAAAGAAUUGUCUGAAAAUAAUCAUAUUUUGGAAAGAUUUGGGGCUCUGACUAUGGAUGGUGGACUCCGGAAUGUGGACUGCAUAUAAUGAAACAAGUUGUUUCUCAUUGUCCGCUGUAGCUGUGCACAUUGCCAUCUUGGCAUUACAUUGGACCUUAACCCCCAUUGUCUUUAAUUUCUGUGCCAGAGUUGUAUGUAUAUAUCUGUAAUAUACUGUGAAUACAAAAAAAAAUGAUUUUAUUCUUUUGCCUAUGUUAACAAUUGCUGUUUAACAGAUUUGUUUAGUUUUAUUGUACUCCUAAAGCACAGUAGAUUUUAAGUGACGUGUACAGAGAAUUAAUAAGUGGAGCACCUAAAGUAAACACUGUUAUUAAAUCACCUGUACAAUUUA